UUGGGUUCCCAGCCGCCGGGCGACUGCAGAGGAGGGGCCCUGGCUCCAGGGACCGGGGCUGGAAGGGGGAAGCGAGGGGAGGAGAGGUCAAGCCCAAGCUCGGGGGCACAACCCGGACCGUGUUCUGCAUUGCGACCGGGGCUGCCUCUGGGCUCCGCCCCUGCCUCAGUUUCCCCAAGUCCCUGGUGAGGCUUUCCGUUAUCACUACCACAUCGGUAACGCAAAUCCAGAGUCUGGGACUCAGGGUAAACUGAGGCACUGGAACCAAGGAGGAGCCCCGCCUCCCAAGAGACAUUUAAUCUGGGGGGAUUUACAGGAAACUUCUAAAUUAAGGGCAGCGGCUGCUGCAGCUGAGGGGGGUGAGGGAGCACUCCGGUCCCUGUGCCGGCGCAGCUGCCGUGAGCUCACGCCCCGAAAUAGCCCUAGGGGCCCCAGCCGCAGCUGCCACGGGACCAAGCUGUCACUCAGAGUCAACGCGGAGCCCCCCAGCCCGAGGGUCCCCUCCCCUCCCCAACGCUGUGUUAGGGUUUUUUAGCAGACAGUCCCGGCUCCUUUCCCUUCCGACGGCUAGGGGGAGGGGAGGUAAAGGAGAGGCGGGGCCUUGAGGAGGCGGUCCCGAGGGGAUGGACGCAGGGGGCGACCGCGCCCCCCGUCCAGGCUGUGCUUCUGCCCCUACAAGGUUUUGGCCACGGUGGGGGAGGGUCCCGGCCCCCGGCUCCGCCCGGUCCCUCCCCGCCUUUUAGACGCUCCAGCGGCUGGAACAACCCAGUCCAGCUUGGUCCUCCUCGCUCGCCACCCGUGCGCCCAAUCCGCGCAGCCAAGCCCAUUUCUCCCGGUCCGCACCGCCGCCAGCCGGCCCGUCCCCCACCGCAGCCAUGGACGCCAUCAAGAAGAAGAUGCAGAUGCUAAAGCUGGACAAGGAGAAUGCCAUCGACCGCGCUGAGCAGGCCGAGGCCGACAAGAAGCAAGCUGAGGACCGCUGCAAGCAGCUGGAGGAGGAGCAGCAGGGCCUCCAGAAGAAGCUGAAAGGGACAGAAGAUGAGGUGGAAAAAUAUUCAGAAGCAGUGAAGGACGCCCAGGAGAAACUGGAGCUGGCCGAGAAGAAGGCCACCGACGCCGAGGCAGAUGUGGCCUCCCUGAACCGCCGCAUCCAGCUGGUAGAGGAAGAGCUGGACCGGGCGCAGGAGCGUCUGGCCACAGCCCUGCAAAAGCUGGAGGAGGCUGAGAAGGCAGCUGAUGAGAGUGAGAGAGGAAUGAAGGUCAUUGAAAACCGAGCCAUGAAGGAUGAGGAAAAGAUGGAGCUGCAGGAGAUGCAGCUGAAGGAGGCCAAGCACAUCGCUGAGGAUUCAGAUCGCAAAUAUGAGGAGGUGGCCAGGAAGCUGGUGAUCCUGGAAGGCGAGCUGGAGCGCUCAGAAGAGAGGGCUGAGGUGGCUGAGAGUAAAUGUGGGGACCUAGAGGAGGAGCUGAAAAUUGUUACCAACAACUUGAAAUCUCUGGAAGCCCAAGCGGACAAGUAUUCCACCAAAGAAGAUAAAUAUGAAGAGGAGAUCAAACUGCUGGAGGAGAAGCUAAAGGAGGCUGAGACCCGAGCAGAGUUUGCCGAAAGGUCUGUGGCAAAGUUGGAGAAAACCAUUGAUGAUCUGGAAGACGAAGUCUAUGCGCAGAAGAUGAAGUACAAGGCCAUCAGCGAGGAACUGGACAACGCACUCAAUGACAUCACCUCUCUCUAAGCUGCUCACCAAUGUGGCCCCCUCGGCCCCUCUGUCCUCUCCUUUUCGCUCUCUCUCUGAGGAGGGGUCAGGCAGGAGGAGCAAAAACUGCCAGCACUAUACAGCCAGGCUGGGCGUAGCCUAGGAAAGCGCCGGCCACACGUGCUGCCCGCCCUGGCACUUGCUUCUUCCUUCCGGCGAUCCACUCCCCCCUCCGCCCACCAGCCUCUACCUCUCUCUGCUGCUUAAUAAACUCAACUUGGCCUCCACGCUG